CGGUAAACCCCAGUUAUUGGGAAUUAUUAAUAAAUUGUGUACUCCACUGAUCUAUAAUUGUAAUUGGGCUUAAUGUGUCAUUUUUGGUUUUAAAAGAAUUUGGGCCUAAACAAAGGCCACUUUUGAUUGUCACCACGUGACUCGCUCGUGCGUUUCUUUCCCCCAGCAUUUUUUUCGCGGUUCCUCAGAAAAUUUCAACUUUGUUCCCCGCGCCAUGUUUUUUUUUUCCUCCUUUUUGAUAUUCUCGAGAUAAAAAUGGUGACUGGAUGAGGAGGAAGGUGUCAGAACUGACUACAGUCGCGGCGGAUUGGCGGAAGAGAUGUCCAUAACCGAAGAAAACACGGCGGGGAAUGCUAUUUGUUCAAUCUGUUACGAAGAUCUCAAACCGGUGGUUGAGAAUCUCCAAUCGAUCUCCGCUUGUGGCCACGUCUUUCACGAACUCUGUUUGCAGCAAUGGUUCGAGUACUGCCCGAAUACGAACAAGAGAAAUUGUCCGAUCUGUAAACAGAAGUGUUCUCUAAAAGAUCCGUGUCGGCUUUAUUUUCAGUCUUCUGGGGACCAAAUCGAUUCGAUUGCCUCUUCUAAAAAGACUGUUGAAAUCGAGGAAGAUCCGGUUUUACUGAGAGUUGAAGUGAAGCGUCUCCAAGGGAAGAUUCAUAAUCUUUCUUCUUCUCUUGAUAAUCAGAAAAAGGAGAAUGCUGAGCUCUCCGAUAAGUUGCAGCAAUGCAAUGAGCAAUUGAAAGAGGAUAAAGUGAAAAGGUGGGAGUCUCUGCAAGAAAUAUCAACGACUCAGCACUUGCUUAAGUUGAAGUCUGAGGAAUGUAUCCAGCUUACUUCACAGUGUGCUAAGCUACAUGAGAGAACUAUGGCUCUUGCCAAGGAGCUCGCAGCGCUUAAACUGGUUUCUGAUCUAAGCUUGGAGGAAGAUGAUGUCCUGAAGCUAGCCAUGUUGGGGAAUAACGCUAAGUCAAAAGAUACUAUUGACACUCUAGUCAAGUCCUUGGUUAUCAGAAAUAGGAGUUAUAAGGAACUGUUAGCAAAGUGCAGUCAGCUGGGCAGAGGCGAAGCUCGAUCUUCUGAGAAACUAGAAAAAGCUCUGGAAAAGAUAGAUAUAUUAAAGAAGCGAAUGAGGGAACUUGAGUUGAUAACUGAAGAGAGAGACAACAGAGCUCUUAGGACUAUCAAAACUUCAAAGAAUUGCAGUGAGAGAGAAGUUUACGAGCCUCCAACUGAGAGCUUGGCUUCUUUCAGAAUGCUUCCAUCUGACAACAUUGUUGAGAACAUCUCUACACCACCAUUAAGUAAAUUAGAGAAAAAGGAUGGCUUCACCAAUCAUGGAUCGUGCUUAAGCGGAAGAGAAGGCUCCUUCAGUACUAGAAGAACGGACUCUGUUAUCGAUGUAGAUGAUGAUGUUCCUGAAACCACCAGUUCUGGCGUCAGACAUUCAGAUACUAAUGUUGAAGAGAAAUGUGAUAAUCCCAUGGUAAGGGAUAUAAAGUUCAACAUCAGAAAUGACUCGACAUCAGCAGUCUCACCUGGCAGCAAUGGUGUUGGAAACAGUUGGUUGUCAAGUGGAACAAAUCGAAACCUUAGUAGAUGGAGCAAACAUGGAGAGAGAAACGAAGCAACUCCAUCACUAGGGCCUUCAGUUCCAAGCAAAGAUGAUCUGAUCGCUAUUGGACCCGAUGGUAAAGGUGGGAGAAUCAAAGUGCUGAGAUCUAAACCCCAAAUUUCUAGCGCCAAUGCAAGCUCAGGAAGUGGUAAGAGAUUCAAGCUUGGAACUAAAACAAGUGGUUCGUCCUCUCAAGGUUGUCUGCAGAUUGAACACUAUUUUGGAAGACCUAAUCGCUAAUUUGUCAGACAUCUGUUUAAGAAACUUAGCAUCUCGGAUAUGCUUUGCAUAAAUCAUGUACAAUUAAAUUACUCUUUCAUUGGUUUCUAAUGUAACUUUUUGUUGUGGCUAAUAAAACACUUGGGGACCUUAAGCGUUGUAAUUUAUAAGAGAAGUGUCUUUCUUUUUUAUAAGGAUAAAAUCUUAUCUUUAUAAAGAUAAGAAACUCUAAUUAGCUAAUGAAUAGAAAGCGGAUGCUUAGUGAUGGGGUUGACUU